AUGUCAAUUAGUAAAUGUGGAGAUUUUGGUACUUUUUGGAAGUUUUUUCCCGAUGAAUUGAAAGAUUCUGGAGAAUAUGAUUUUAAAAAUAGUUUAUUUAAGAAAUACUGCCCUAAAGGAAGUUGCAAUAACGAUAUCGAUAAAAUUAAUGCUGGCUGUUUAUGGUUAAUUUAUGAACUUUUCGUUAAAUUGGGUUUUUCAGCUGGUCAACAUGUUCUUAAGUAUGAUUCUGUAUGUAUUAUAAUAUGGCUAGGUUAUAUUAUAAGCCUAAAGCCACAAGACGGAAUCAAUAAAUUAAGCGAUUAUUAUUCUAAGCAUAUAAAAGAUAACGCGGAAUACUCUAAGCAUGAAAUUGGUAAUGAAAAAUAUAACAAUUAUAAGAACAUCAUAGAUGAAAUACAGGAAUAUAUGGAUAUUGAUAUUAAUGAUAUGCCUAAAUUUUAUAAAUUACUUAAAUUGUUAUGUAAUAUGAAUACUGCUUAUACGGAAGGUAAAAGUACCGAAGUUUUACAACAUGCUAAUGAUUUUGUUGAUGAAUAUGGAAAACUCCUUAAUGAUGAUAAUAAUAUUAAAGAUAGUUCAUACAAUAAAAUAUUAAAUGUUUUAUCCAUUUAUUAUGAUAAAUUUGGAAAAGGUACUCGCUUUAAUAAUACACCAAUAACUCGUCCUUCAUUACCAACACAAAAAACACCAAAAAAAGAUAUUGUAGGAGAUCCUAAAGUAACUAAAGCAACCGAAAUAUCGAGUGAACAAGAUAAAUCAGAUAUUGCAACGACAACCCCAAGUUCUAACAUGACAUUAUCAGAAUCAUCACUAGUAAAUAAAUUAGUUAUAGUUUUACCGAUAUUAGCUGCAAUACCAAUUUUUUUAGGAAUUUCUUAUAAGUAUUCAUUAUUUGGAUUUCGAAAACGAUCAAAAAAACAACACUUAAGAGAAAAACUAAAAAAAUAA